GAGCCGUUGCAGCCUCUCUGGCUUCUGCCGCUAAACGGACAGAGAGAAAGAGAGUGACUGAUUGAAUAGGGAGACAUGAUCUUUUCGCUUCGGUGAUGGUCCAUUAGCAAUCUCACCGUUUUGUCAUCCACCACAAGGAUGCUGAACUGACUCCAAUUCUACGUCUUGGAGCUGGAGCCUGUGCUGGAAUAAUUGCCAUGUCUGCAACUUAUCCAAUGGAUAUGGUUCGAGGCAGGAUUACUGUACAGACAGAGAAUUCCCCUUACCAGUACAGAGGAAUGUUCCAUGCUCUUUCAACUGUGCUUAGGGAAGAAGGCCCCCGUGCUUUAUACAAGGGCUGGCUUCCUUCUGUCAUUGGAGUUAUUCCUUAUGUGGGUCUCAACUUUGCUGUGUACGAGUCUUUGAAAGACUGGUUAGUUAAAACCAAACCAUUUGGCAUAAGUCAAGAUAAUGAUUUGGGGGUGACAACACGGCUGGCAUGUGGUGCUGUUGCUGGAACUAUUGGACCAACAGUUGCGUAUCCACUUGAUGUCAUUCGUCGAAGAAUGCAGAUGGUGAGUUGGAAUCAUGCUUCUGUUGUUGCUGGUGAUGGAAGAGGAAAGGCUCCUCUUGAAUACAACGGAAUGAUUGAUGCAUUCAGGAAAACUGUUCGUAAUGAGGGAUUUGGAGCAUUAUACAAGGGUUUGGUGCCCAAUUCUGUAAAGGUGGUCCCAUCUAUAGCUAUUGCCUUUGUUACAUACGAGGUGGUGAAGGACAUUUUAGGAGUGGAGAUCCGAAUAUCUGAGUGAUUCGUUGCCUCAUAUCUGUUCUCGUGGUGUGGUAACUUUUGUAGGCAAGGGGAUGCAGAGAUGGUAAAUUUGGGUUGUUUUCUUCUUCGUUGUCAUCUCUCCAAGGAUGAGUUUAGGGAAGCUCGAGCUAGUGUUUAUAAAUCUAUUCCCUUGUUUCUUUCUUGUAUUUCCUUGUGAACCUUUGGUAGCUUUUAGCAUCUCAUUCAUCUUCUAUGUCAAUAAAUGUUGUGGAGGUUCAAUGCAAGGACAUAUCUGCAGGGCUUUCUACAGGAAUCAAGAAAGCAUUUUUCUUUCUGGAAUUUGCGGUGACUGAUUCCCAGUUCCUUUCAAUUACCCCCGCAAGAGAAUGCAUUGUUUGCUUGUUUUAGGUAUAGCUUAGUUUAACACGCAAAUAAUGUGAUGCUAUAUUUUUACAACCAUUGAACAUAGAGAAACACUGGUAUUUAUACUGCAAUGUGAUUGGUGAGAUCAUGUUUCAAUUUUUA